AUGGCUGCCCCUGAAGAUGAAGAUGAUGAUGAUGAUGUUUUUUUUUAUGAAUGGGUGGAUGACCAAACCGAAUGGACAGGGGUUAAAGAAACUAGGAAUGCGGUUGCCCCUGAUUGGCCUACAGAUGUUGAAUUGGAUUCUAAAGAUUCUGAGUGCAGGGAUUAUGCCAAGUAUAAUUCUGACGAGGAAGUUGAUAAGAAUUGGCCAGAGUUCAAUGCUGCAACUGACAUGGCAGAUCCAAAGUUUGAGAUUGGGAUGUUGUUUAGUGAUUGUAAGGUGUUUAGGGCAGCUGUUAGAGAAUACUCUAUCUUGCAGAAUAGGGAUGUAGUGUUUAUUAGGAAUGAGGCUUUGAAGUUGAAGGCAGUUUGUGGGGACCCAGAUUGUGGGUGGAUGAUAUAUGCUUCAAAAAUUCAACAUGACAACACAUUGCAAGUGAAGACAUAUGUAGUGAGGUCAUUCAAGGAGACUGUUGAGAAGGAUUAUAAUACAUGGGUGGAUAUGAGGGAUAAGACUGACUUUCCGCCAUGUCUUCCUCCGUCUUACUCUAAACAGCAUGGAAGGCCAUGA